AUGAACAUUUCCCCUACCCCAAGACGGUAUACUUCUAGAGCGACAAAUGGUGUUGGCCGUAACUCAAAUGGGCUUUCAAGCGACAAUAAUGACGAUCAAGCAUAUAUCUAUUCUGACGCCCUGCAUGGAAGUUAUAAUGGCGAAAGAAUAAUACCUGAGGAGUAUAAACUCAAUUCUCAAAUGAUCAAUCGGCUUAUCAAGCAGAAUAAGGAACUAAUAUCGAAAUUGGACAGCAAACAGGAAGAAAUUGAUAGACUUAAUGUGCUAGUGGGAUCAUUGAGAGGAAAGCUAAUCAAAUACACUGAAAUGAAUAAGAAACUUCAAAAUGGAAUGGGGAUCUCGUCAAGCCGAUCAUCCAGUGAAGGCGUAUCGGAAAAUGAAAAGGAUUAUAUUCAGGUCCCCAAAAGAAGAAAUAAUAACGAUCCAAUCAAUAAAGAAAAUAUGAUCACGCCAAAUGACGAUAGAAUUACUGCACUGAGUGCAAAAUUGGAUAAGUUGACAAGCCUUGUGUUAGAAAACGGCUCAUUAUCCCCACCGCCACACAUUUCUUCAGCUUCACAGAGAGCGCCUUCGGCACCUAGUUCAGCAAACCUCUACGAUAGAUUCGAUACUUCUGAAAAACCAAAGAGAAGGACUAUUUCCCUCUCAAGCCCCUCUGAAGAAGAUAUUAUGUGUCAUGAAAGUAUCGAACUCAAACAGAUGGAAGACCAAAUAGACUCACUGAAGCGUAAGCUUCUUAUCAAGAGAGAGAACGAGCUGAGAAAAAUUUCACUGAACCAGGAGUUACUAGAGUUGAUGGAUAAAUUAAGCAUGCAAUCACCAACAGAAAUAAAUACAAGCAUCAACACCAACAAUGCCUCUGGUUUGAGGGGUUCGCAUUCACACUUACAUUCACAAGCAAAUUCAUCUUCUAAUCCAUCGAGCGGCAUGGAUGCCCAACAUUGUGCAGAGUGCCAUAAUACUGCAGUCAAUCAACAAUCGAGACCUGCUAAUAUGGGGCUUAAAACUGAUAUACCCAUAGUGAAUCCGUUAGAAACACCAACCCCACUACAGCGCAAAACUCAGCAAGUUCAGCAGGACUCGAUCAAUCGGAUAUGGUGA